CGCUUCCCUGCUAAACUUUGUGGAGCUUGACUAUAUAAUACACAGUGUAUUCAACCAAGUGGCCCUUAACCAAUUCAUAUCUAAAUAUCUUGAUACUCCAAUAUAAUUAGCACCCUACACACAAGCCAACAUGAUUGUCACUUUAGCACUCCGUGUUCUCCAGAUGCUGUUCGCAGCUGUUGUUCUAGCACUAUCUGCAAUCUUGAUUCAUGGUUAUGGUCCGGGUACUUCGUGGUCCCUUACAUCUUAUGGGUCUUUCUGUGGUGGAGCUGCUCUUAUAUUCGCUGCCAUUGGGGUUGCUGCUUGUUUCGUGGAAGCUUUGCAAGGCAUCAUAAUGCUUGCUCUUGAUGGCAUUGCAUCUUUCUUUCUCCUUGCUGGUGGAAUCGCAUAUGCCGUGACUAUCAAGGUCGGCAGCUGUUCUGAUUUGAAUUAUAUUCAAGACCAUCCCAAUCCAAUGUUCCCUGGUGGACACAAACAAUAUUCCGGUGAUGUUGUCAAAGCUGUGGAGGACGACCUCAAGGCUAGAUGCCAAGAAGUUCAAGCAAGCACGGCAUUCAUAUGGUUCACAGCGGCUUGUUUUGUUGGAACAACUGCUAUUCACUUCUUGAGCAGCAAACGUGGCGGCGGUGCUGCGAGCUACCCUUAGACUUCUCGAGGCGAAACAUGCGACACAGACGCAGAACUGGGGCACAUUCUAAUGAAGAACAUGAAGCUCUGGGAAUAUUCAUACGAACGGCUUUUUUUGUCUUUCGAACUUGGGUGUCGAUAUGUGUAUCGGGGUAUGCAACAGUGAUUUAUCUUCACAAACUAUUUUUGUUAACGGAGGGGUAAACCUCAUUCUUAUUAUCAAGUAAAUAAACAUUUUGCAAAUACAUUUUCUAAAAGUCAAUUAUUUCGAAUCAAGUUUCUAUAUUUGUUUCUAUCUCUUCUUAACAAAUCGAAUCCGUCUCAAUCUUUC